AGGAAAUGGGGCGAAAAAGGAAGCGGAAGAAGGAACAGUAGCUACACAAGGAAAAAGCAAGAAAUAUGUGUGGUUGGAAGAGCUCGUUUUUGCAUUUGGAUUCUAAUGGUGCGAAAAAUAACAGAAAUAUAUGAAUUUGUUUGCUCACUGGAAUUGGAAAAUUCUCCACUGAAGCAGCAAUGGCUUCACUUUGUCUGAAUUCAUUUUCUCCACCAUCGCCUUCGCAGCCUCGCAGGCUCUUCGAACCCUCUUUUCCCUCUUCUUCUUCUUCUUCUUCUCUGACUCGCAACAAUUACACCUUAAAACCUAUCGUCGUCCGUGGAAAUCCCCCGACCUUCGUCUCCGCUCCAGGUCGCCGAAUCGUUGCUGUUGGGGAUUUGCAUGGAGAUCUUAAACAAACUAGAUUGGCGCUUGAGAUGGCUGGUGUCUUGGGCUCCGAUACACAGGACUUGUGGACUGGAGGACAAACGAUAAAUUCGAUUCUUGAAGACACACUAGAAGCAGUAGGGGCCAAGGCAAUGGUGGUAGGCCACACUCCUCAAACAGCAGGCGUAAAUUGUAAAUACAAUUGCAGCAUUUGGCGAGUUGAUGUUGGGAUGUCGAGUGGUGUUCUUAACUCGAGACCUGAGGUACUAGAGAUCAGAGAUGACAAAGUUAGAGUUAUCAGGAGCAAGAGGGAUAGAUUUAGUGAACUUCAAGUUGUUAACUAUUUGUAGCAAGGAAGAAUCUGCAUCGUGCUUCCUUAAUGUGCUGGUUUGGAUACACCUCUGAUCAUCUGCCCUUUGAUUAGAUUCUGCUUUUUGCAAGAGUUGUUACAUCUCACGAAGACACUGACGGGUUCCAUUUACGACGUCGAAAAGAACACCAGAGACACAGCUGCAGAUACCUUCGAAUGAGGUCGGGAAAGAGAUCAACUUCAAAUCCGCCCUCAGUUCAGUCAAUCUGAUUUUGUAAAACACUGAAUUUGAACCUUUGAUACCCACUGCCAUGGAAGUUGCACUUGUACAGUACAUCAUAUUUGUAAAAUAGAAUCAGUUAAUAUUCAAUGAUUUGAUCUUUUGCAUUUUUUUUUA